AUGAUUCGAGCGGAAAUGAAGCUACUCGUUUUGAUAAUUGGAUUGACGAUUAGUGGAAUAAAUUCUUCACCAAAAUAUGAUUUAGGAGGAUUUGUUCCAAGCUCUGUGGACUUUUGGGGAAACGGUAAACAUCAGGACCAAAUGGCUGUACCUUCGCAGUCCCAAGCACGCGCUGAAUCGCGUUCGGACUCGGGAAAUGUCUCGAGGACCCUCGAAGAUAGCAAGCCAGUGUCUGAAAGGAGCCAGGAACCUAGAUUUGGAUUUUCAAAUCUCGAAACUUCAGGGGGAGGAACAGGAUAUGGGGUGAGUUCUUAUGCCCCCACAAAAGUUGACCUAGGUGGGCUCAUCCUUGGUGCAGUAAUCGGCGUGGGAACAAUUCUCAUCAUCCCUAAACUCCUCUACAUCAUUUCAGGCUCGUACGGAGCAUACGCAAGAAGUGACGAUGUGAGUUUCACCAAUGCAAUGACGAAGUUGGAUGACAUUUUAGCGCGUCACGGUAUCGAUACAACGUCCUGCAUGCAACGAGCUGUUUGCACGUAUGCCCAAAAGGCAGCUGAGACCGUGAGAACAGCAAACGACAUCGACGAUGAUGAGAAAAUUUCCUCCUUUGACCGAAUGAUCGAAACAAUUACCACAAAUCAAGUGUUCCGAACUGCAAUGCGAGGUACUGCGAUUCAGGAGGCUAUAGAAGCAGGACGAAAGGGUCAGAACUGCUCCAGACAUUAUCGACUGUGUGGAUUUUCGAUGGAAUCUCUCUUGGGACUCGUCUCGAACAUGUUGUCUAUCGUUUCGAGCACCGAGCCCCAUCCAACAGCUCCAGCAGCUCCUCUGUAAUAUUAAAGUCCCACAUCUCAUGUAAAAUCAUCUCAACAAAGAUAUUUAAAUUUUUC